AGUGAGUCGUUUAACGUCGCUACCGAAGCUGACACGGACAGACGAGUGCCACACCAACGACGUGUCACUGGGCCGGAAGGCCUGGGACCCGUCGAUCCGCUGCCUCCGCUACUUGCUCCCAACGGGGGGGAGGGGAGGGAAGAGGAGGGGGGAAACACCCCUCAGGCGGUCUCGUCAAGAUGGUACAGCGCCAGACGGUCUGACUGCGGCUUGACGCGCCAGUUGACGAGUCCGGAUUCGUUAAUGUCGGCCUACUCUGGACACGACGUUCCCAGUCGGCGCCUCCCAUUGGCUGAAACCACCGACCAGCCGACCAGCCGGCCAGCCGGCAAUUCUGAUCCGACUCUGGCCCCGUCUGAAGGAGCGGUCUGUCUAAACUCACCGAGACCGACCCCUUUUGUUGCUGGCCUCUCUCUCUCUCUCUUCCCGUCAGCUCUUGGCGACAAGCGAUUCGGCCCGGGGACACAUGACACACACACACACACAGAGAGAGAGAGAGAGAGAGAGCCUAGCUCAUUUCGUCUCGUCUCACACCGGCCUUCCCUGGCCUCAGUGAGCGGGCAAAGGGAAACGCCAAUUGGCUGCACCAAUCAGACGGCAGGGAAGUCUGUCGGCUCGGCCAAUCACAGACGCGCCUUGUCCACUCUCGUCACUCGAGAGUCCCAACGAGUGUUGACGCGCUUUUUUGAGCAUCUCAUCAACGCUUUCUGGCCGUCCGUACACCCAAUUGCCGGUCUUCUCGGCUCUGGCGCAAAACGCCAGAGGCAGAAGACAUUCAAGUCUUCUGUUCACGGCUCUUCUAUUUCUACAUUUUCUCACGAUAGAGUAGCCGGUCUCUGA